AUGUCUGCACCACGCGUACCAGGUCUCCCAUCCGAUAUCAGGUCAGCGGAGACUCCGAAAGACCUCAGCCUAUGGAAUAGAAAGAGGGAUACUUUCUAUGACCUUUACAUCUGCCAGAACAAAACAUUGGAUGAUGUCAAGAUGACCAUGGAAAGUGACCAUGGAUUUUCCAAAACGUUGAAGCUCUCUGAAUACGAGCGCAUACUCCGAGAAGAAUUCAAGUUCAGGAAAAACCUCAGUGCCGACGAUUGGCGCCGUUCUAUCGGUCCACAAAUCGCGAAGCGAAAGGCAGAAGGCAAGCGCAGUAAGGUGCUUCUCAACGGGUCCGAGGUUCAGAAUGUGAAUAGGAGAAUCAAAAGAUCAUUCAGGAGCAAAAGUUCACAUCAACGUGCCAAAGUCCAUACUGCGGCAUUGCCUUAUGGGUUGGUUAUCAGGACCCCAUCGCCGCAACCUUCAACACUUGUGGUUUCAUCUAUGUCGGUCAGGAAGCUCCGGGCCAACGAGAUCGAAGGACACGAGACACACCAACCACCUAUGGAGUCUCUUGCAGACACUCCGGCUGGAUCGGAUUGGUUCCGUAUCUUGACCGCCGCUGUCCCUCUCUCGCAUGCUGGUUCCAUGGCAACGGUAGUGUUGUCAGCCCAGUUUCUGAGAGAGGGCUGUCCUAUUAAUAGAUUUCUUACGAUGUUGGAUGAAUACCAACGCAGCUUCAACCAAGCGGACCUGAGGCUUUUCGGGCCUAAUACCACUAUCAGCAUACUAGGAAAGAUGUGCUUCUAUCUUUCCAACGGCUACCUGGAAGAGACAAUGUCUAUACGUGAGAUAAGAUCAAUGCUUGAUUGGAUCGGAUUCUCGGUCGACAUUGCAGCCUUGAAGGCUUUCUUUGGUCAGAAAGCAUUAACAAUUCAAGCCGCAUGGGAGAAUUUGGAUUACAUGGCUCGCGAUUGGAUACAUAUGGCCGCGUUUAACGUCCUUGUAUCUGUUCGCCUGUCAAUUAUGAAUCAAGCACCCUGGACCAUGCAAAGACCGGUUGAUGGCAUUGCAGAUUAUAUCGACACGGCCCGAAGUCCUGUGGCGACCAUGUUUCACGCUCAUCCAUACGACCAAAGUGAAUUGGACAGGGCAUUGCGAUUCGCUGUAAUCAGGAAGAGCUCGGUUGAAUUGGUGAAGCAGCUGAUCAGCGCUGGCGCGUCCCUCACAAACAUCGCUAAUCGGGACAUCAUAGGAAUAUUAUGUUCCCCGGACCAAUCCAAAACAUGUGGCCCAACCGAGCACACUUUUUUGCAAGUUCUUUUGGAGGCUGGUGCAGUGGUCGAUGAACCUGCCUCUUCCCUACUCUGGGCGCAUCCAGAUUCCCGAACCCACGCUACGGAUUGCAUACUUCUGAGCGAACAUCAACCUGCAUGUAAUAGCCUCUGGUCGCUUGUGUAUCAACACAGCGAUUACCAACAAACCACUGUUACGGUACCUGGCAUCUUUCUGGCUGCACAAGGCGGACAAGAGCACCUGCGUUCAUACCUUGAUGCACGGUUGGAGCCCAGCGACGGUCAACAUAGAAAGCACAUCCUCGAGGUCGCUCUAUCGGAGGCUUCAGAGAGAGGAUACGCCCAAGUGGUUCAAGGUCUGGUGCAAUUCGGUGUCGACCCGAAUGUCUGCACGUUGCCACGGAUCUGUGACAAUAGAAUGUGCGAGAAUCACGUCUGGCAUCCUAUCGUUCGGGCAGCGAAUGCGGGACAAACAGAGACGUUGCAGAUACUUGUAGCUGCAUCGACCAUCGAUGCUGCCAUGGUGAACGAACGUGUGGUCCUAGGGCUUGACUUUUGUGCGUUGCGCAACAUGGGGGAUUCCCAGUGCGACCAAGUCCUGCAAGUCCUCUCAACGCUGGACCUUCACAGUGCUACUCGCUGCGAAAUCCUCCUGCAAGCGAUAAAAGAGCCUUGUGCCAGACCCCGGUAUUCUGGGGUAUGCGGGCAUAAAGGUCCAGACUUUCAACUCGUCAACCGGCUUCUUCAGCUCAAGUUGGCAUGCUUGGAUUGCGGAAAACGAUAUGAUGGGAAAAUUCAACACUUCAUACUGCGCGCAGUAGCGAACGGUUGCAGGGCAAGGACAUUGGAUUACCUUCGAGAACGGAACGUGGAGUUCCCCACUGCGCUAUCCGCCAGGAGGAUUGGAGCGCUUGUGAAGGCCGCCCUAGAGCGUGUCUAUGACAGAGGUCUCGAGAUACUGGUAUUCCUCGCCCAAAAUGUUGAAGAUGAUUUUCGGUCAUAUGUUCAAGCGAACGGCCCAUCUCUUCUCACAUCCUCUAUUAAGGGAAGGUACUGUUCGCUGGAACGUGGCAAUGCUAUAAAGCAAUGGGCAAACGACUGUGACGCCGUGGUUGCAGUGAAGUGGUUUUUGGGUCUAGGAGCUUCCUUCAGCUACCCCGAGCACGAUUCUUUCCUUGCCAAGCUCAUUCCACACGCCAGUGAUAGCUUCAUCCUGGAAAUGAUUGGAAGAGGGGCAAAUGUGAACGGAGUAGAUGACGGAUGGACUGCUCUACAGCGAUCAAUUGAGCUUCGUCGGCUAAAUCUGGCAGUCGCGCUAAUCGAGAGGGGUGCCCAGGUCAAUGCUCCCCCAGGAAGGCGUUCUGGACGCACCGCACUCCAAGCGGCCUGCCAGAGGGUCGCCCCGCUGUGGUUCAUCGAGUUUUUGGUUGACAAGGGAGCAGACGUGAAUGCCCCCCCGGCACCAAAUAACGGGUAUACCGCACUUCAAGCCGCCUGUCUUCUUGGCGCACCACUUUCGUGCAUCAGUUUCCUCAUUGAGAAGGGAGCAGAUGUGAAUGCUCCUCCCGCUCCAGUGGAGGGAGAGACCGCGCUUCAGUGUGCGGCAAUGCGUGGAUCGAUGAACGUGGUAGGACUGCUGCUGGAUCACGGAGCCGACGCAAACGCGCUAAGCGGAUAUUCAACCUUGGAAGACUUCUGCCGUGCAAUUGAUCUUGCCAUAGGACUUUCCAGAUUGGACAUGGUCCAUUUCCUGAUCUCAGCAGGUGCGAGAAGUCGGCAGCCUGGAUUGACAGGCUUCGACGGCGCUAUCGCAAUUGCGACUAGUGACAGGCACUUCGCCAUUGCUGAUCUGCUACAGGAACAUGCUGACUCUCUCUGUGAAGAUCCAUUAGAAGCGGAGAGAAAGUGGCUGCAGGCAAAUCCUCAGGCAUGCAUGUAUAAUGGCAGUAUAUUGCCCGCAGACUGGGCGUCUGUCAUCGAGAGUUUGCCCAGGAGCAGCUUCGAGGAAUAUAUCGAGGAACUAGGCAUUCCGAAACCUGAGCUUCUAGAAGUUUCUGAUGAGGAAUGGUCGUCGAGCAGCGAGGACGAGGACAUGUCAUCGGACGAUUAA